AUGGAGUUCGACGCUUCGUUGAAAGGAGUUGUUGGCAAGAUCCAACUGACUGCAAAGACAAUCAAUUGGCAUCCGAAUGAGGGCAGCGCUGUUGUUAUAGAUCUUGUGGGAGUAGCGGGCAUGAAGGCUACUCCACCAACGGCGGCCAAAGCCCGGAUCCAACUCCAGACCGCAGACACUAAAUAUGUAUUCGACUUCAAAUCGCGGCCAGAACUCGAUUCUGCACGCGACAAUCUCCAAAAGGCGAUCAAAACGGCCAGAGAUAGCUCGGAAGCGGCGUCGGCUACUCCUGAGACCACUGGAACCGCUGGAACAACCCCAAAUCUCGAACCAGCUCCCCCUACAGCGCCAACGGCCCCCCCGAAGCCCAGAGCUGUCAAACGCAAAAGGAUUGAUUUGAAUCCCAAAGUGCUUCUGGCUAAUCUUGAGCUUCAAAGGGAUAUUCUAAAGAAAAACCGCGAGUUGAUGCUGGUAUUCCAAGAAGUUGUUGUCAAAGGAAGUUUGACGAACGACCAAUUCUGGGAAAUGCGCAUGGAAUUGCUACAAACUGCGGCUCUUGAAAAUGGACAAGCAAGAGGCUCUUAUAACGUAUUGAGUACAAUCAAGCCGACCACUACGAGCGAUAACAAAAUCAAUCUGUCGCUUACCCGAGAAAAGAUCCAUGAUCUCUUUGAUCAGUAUCCGAUUGUUCGCAAGGCUUAUAACGAAAACGUUCCACCAUUAUCUGAGGGUGCUUUCUGGCAAAGGUUUUUCCAAUCCCGAUUGUUUUUACAGCUUAGAGGAGAGCGGGUCUCUAAUAACCACCCAUAUGAUUCACUUAUUGACAAGUAUCUGGACAUUCUGGAGGAACAGAGAAUCAAAAGGCAACAAGCAGCCUCAAUCAAAAUCGAUCACCAGGUACCCUUGUUUUUUGAUGUUGCUGCCAAUUCUGAGAAUAAUCCUGAAACGACCGGAAAUGCCCCGGACCUGACUAUGAAACCACAGUACUCUGAUAUGGAGGCCUCUAGGCUCAUCAAAUCAAUGAAUGUUUUGAGCAAGAGGCUCCUUCUUAAUAAACGGGGACCUACCUCGACAGCAGAUUCAGAUAUCCCUGAUUUGACCAGUGAACUGCGACUGGCUGACCUUCAAGAUGAUAACAAACAAGGCGCCAGUGUGGAUCUCCAUAUAACCGUUCCGAAUCAAGUUGAUCGUGAAAUUAUGAUUUCCGAACAGGAGUUUGAGGCACAAACGCAGGCCUUGUUAGCAAAUUUGGUCGCUCAGCCUAUUGAUCUGCGGGAAGUUGGCGAUUCAACUGACGAACUGAUAGCAGCCCAGCAGCAAAUCCAGGACCUUGUGGCUCAACAGUCUCUACGGAAUGAGAAAUGCGACACAAUCGAACUAUCCGAGGAAGCUUAUCUUUGUCACGCAGCAACUUUAGAGUUUCUCAGGCAUUUUUGGCGAGCCCACGCCCGUAAAGAGUUGGUCGAGCCUUACGUCGAAUCGUUACGCAAAUCUCUUGACCGAAUUGAUGCUGUGGUGAACAACUCUGGUCCUCAUAUCCAAAACGAGACCAAGGUGGCGCUGGCGCCUCUUGUUAAGUCCGUGCAUAGAGCAUUAGCUGUGAGUGGAACUGGACCAUAG